GGCCUCUCCACCCGCGUGAUUGCUUCUUUUCCCCGCUUUGAUCAGCGUAACGAUGGGCGAUGGUGGAGGCGACGGUGGGGGUUUUGCUUCUGUUUCGCUCUGGAGUGCUGGGUGGCCUUUGAUUAAUACCGUCAUAUUUGGGGUUCUGCUGAACGAGAACUUCGGUGAUGAGAAGGUGGCUUCUAGCGUGAAGGACUUCGAGAGGGAGUUUCUGGUUACGUUCUUCUGUACGUUGGUUUUGGAGAUGCUCUACUUUCCGAAGCUCUCGCUUCCCGGAUUGUUGCUUUGUGGAGCGUUGAUGUGGGUGUCGGUUAGGGAGUUGGGUUCUUCGACUUCGGAUUAUGUCGAGAUUGGCAGUUCUCAUGCCUCAGAGUCGCUGUACGCUAGGGUGAUGUACCCGGUUAGGCACGUUUUGAGUGAGAGGAAAUCGAGGAAAAUUGCGAUGUUUCUUCUGAUUAAUACUGGGUAUAUGGUGGUGGAAUUUGUGGCUGGGUUCAUGAGUAAUAGUUUGGGAUUGAUAUCGGAUGCCUGUCAUAUGUUGUUUGAUUGCGCGGCUUUGGCCAUUGGGUUGUAUGCUUCAUAUAUUUCGCACCUGCCUGCCGAUCAUCGGUAUAAUUAUGGCAUGGGUAGGACUGAGGUACUGUCAGGGUAUGUUAAUGCUGUGUUCUUGGUUCUUGUCGGGACACUCAUCGUGCUUGAGUCAAUUGAGAGGAUCCUUGACCCUCAGGAGAUAUCGACUAGCAGUUUGUUGAUUGUUUCAGUUGGAGGGCUUUUGGUGAAUGUGGUGGGCUUGAUUUUCUUCCAUGAGGAGCAUCAUCAUGCCCAUGGUGGAGGUACGUGUUCUCACUCACAUUCACAUUCCCACUCGCACUCCCACUCUGAUCGCCAUCACCACCAUGGAAAUGAUAGUAUCAACAAUGAUCAUGGACUAGAUGUCGAGCAUCACAAGUGUGUUGGAGUGUCUCCUGAAUCCUCGAAUAGUCAUUCUCAUAGCAAUGCUGAUCAUGAUGAUUACCACCAUCCAUGUGGCAAUCCUAUUGUUCAUCAUCAUGAUUCUACUAAUGAGGGUAAGAACACUUGCAAUCCUCAAAGGAAAGAAGAUGACCAUAGUCGCCACUGUCAUGAACAUGAAAAUGAGCAUCAGUGCCAAGUGAAGGAACACAGCCAUCAUGAUCAGGACAAACCCACAGUUCAUAUCCACCAGAAUUCUAUCGGCAGCAAACAUGAUCCUCAUGGACUGGAUACCUCUUCAGCAAAUUCUCAAGGCCAUUGUCAUGAAGGUCACAGGCACGGUCAGUGCCAUGGUGAUGAAGGAAACUGUAGCCAUAAAGAAACUGAGAAUCCAAAUGAUAUGAAAGAAGAUCAUUCUCAUCUUCACUCUUCUCAUUCAAUAAAGCCAUCCACACACAAGGAUUCACAGAAGCACCAUCACAUUGACCAUAACAUGGAAGGGAUUUUCUUGCACGUUUUAGCUGACACAAUGGGGAGCGUUGGAGUGGUGAUCUCGACACUUCUCAUAAAAUACAAGGGAUGGCUUGUUGCUGACCCAGCAUGCUCUAUAUUUAUUUCAGUGAUGAUUGUAGCUUCUGUGAUUCCACUGUUAAGAAAUUCUGCUGAAAUUUUGUUACAAAGAAUCCCCAGAACUCAUGAACAGGAUGUGAAUGUAGCUGUCAGUGAACUUACAAGGAUUAAGGGUGUUUGCAGUGUCCAGAAGUUGCAUGUGUGGAAUUUCACAAAUACAGACAUAGUUGGAACCCUUCACCUUUAUGUGUCUCAAGAAACUGAUAAAGCUUCUGUUAAAAAUAGAGCUUUAGACUUACUGCAUGAAGCUGGGAUCAAGGAUAUAACCAUACAGGUUGAAUGUCUAAAGGGAUAACAAGAAGAGUAAAGUUUUAAAUCGAAUUCAAUCGAACCCCAAAGGUGGCUGUUGAAAGUUUAUUCAUGUGAUAUCUUACCAGUAUUAAACAGCCUACUAAAGGAAAUGGUUCUGAGGGAAGAUAACUGUCAAACCAUCUUACUGGCUAAUUUUGAAAUGCACUACGCAUCUCUACUCAGGUACAUACACUACGUUGCUACUUUAUAGAGUCAUACCUUGCUAUAACAUUGACAGUAACUUCUAUACUGCUUACUUACAGCAAGUAUAACAAUAUCUAUUUGAAACCAUAAAAGGAGGAGGGUGAAAGCAAAGAAGAAAACUGAAACUUUUAAGCCUAAAGGGUGUUCAAUAUCAUCUUACAUCCGUAGUCGUGGUGCCAAAAUGGUUUUGCGUUCAUCUACAUCACGCUUGGCUAUGGAAAGAUGAACACUUCAAUAUACAAUAUUAAGAGCACACUAGAACCAGAGCAGCUGUAAGGUCACAUUUCCCUUGGAUGUUAUCAUGGCCUGUAUGCUUUCGGAAUGGAUUGUAUGAUUUGUUUUGAACUGUGAUACCUUCGUAAUAUACCUUGUCGUGUUACAAUUCAAUUUACAUGCGAGCAUUUAUAUACACAGUUGCUAUAGCCAUGA